AUGGAAGUUCCAAGGACCAGGAGGGCCCGUCUGCUUCAUCAUGUCGAUGAGAAUGCUCAAGUUGUUAGAGGUAAAACCAUCGCUUCACGGCCGAAAGAACUAGGAUUGACAGUACGCGGAGUUUUAGGCGAAGUAAAUGCUAACUCUGAAGUGCACCGUGAAUAUUCUGGCAAAGUUGCUCUCUCUACGAAUCAAAUUGAGAAGAAGAUUCAAAAACCUGCUUUACGAAGAAAUUACUGUCAUGUUCAAUCAAAAAUUGACACUGGGCUGUCUGCAAAGUCCAUUCAAGUUUCAGCAAGACCACCUCUUCGACGGGAGGAGAGCACAGCAGGUUUUGCAACUAGGGCCGCUCUACUGACCAGAGCAGCAGCUAAAGAAAAUAUAAAAAGGGAUUGUGAAGGUAAAGAGAAUGUUCUUCAAGGAAAGGUUUUGUCUAAAGAAAUAAAAAAACCAGUUAAACUUAUCAAAGAAUUAAAAGACAAAAAACCUGUUAAGGACACAGCUGAAUCAUUCAGAAAACUGAAAAUUGGUGAAUCUUUAAUUAUAAGUACAAGGUUUGAAGAAAACUCAUAUUAUUUACCCGAUGACAUUGAAGAUAUAGAUGCUGGUGACAAUAAUCCACUGUUGAUGUCGAUUUACAUUAAGGAUAUCUACAGAUACCUGACUCACCUUGAAAAUAUAUAUCCCAUUGAGGAGAACUAUUUAAAAAACCAGAGUAUUAUAACUGGUAACAUGAGGGCAACACUUAUAGACUGGCUAGUGGAGCUCCAAAAUCAGUUCUCUUUGUUAGUAGAGACUUUCCAGUUGGCUGUUGGAAUUAUUGACCGUUAUUUACAGGCAGUAUCAAAUGUCCCAAAGGAGAAACUUCAACUUAUUGGUGUAACAGCCAUGUUCAUUGCAAGUAAAUAUGAAGAAAUUUAUGCACCAAGCAUUGAAGAUUUUGCUUACAUCACUGACAAUACAUAUACCAAAAACGACAUAAUUAAAUGUGAAAAGCAAAUUAUGACCAAACUAGACUUCUGUUUAGCUCGGCCAAUUCCUAUUAGCUUCUUAAGACGGUUUGUAAAAGCAGCCCAUGGCACAUCCAAGAAUCACCACUUGGCUAAAUACUUAGUGGAUCUUUGUCUAGUCGAGUACUCAAUGGCACAUUACAGACCUUCCGAGCUGGCAGCUGCAGCCAUCUGCCUUUCUUUGCACCUGCUUUCAAGUGCACCACUUGAAGAAGUUUGGUCACCAACAUUAUCAUACUACUCUGGCUACUCAUUCUCACAUAUUGAACCUAUUAUCAGGAAAAUAUCUAAAAUUGUGUAUAAUAUAGAAAAGUCCAAAUUUCAAGCUGUUUAUCAGAAAUACACUAGCGCCAGUCUAGCAAAAGUCUCGACUCUUCCCCAAGUUAAGGGAACUGCUAUAUAUGAUUUGAUAAGGAGUAGUUAA